AUGGUAGACGAAAGCUUUCCAAUCCCUGGAACAGUCCAGCAGGUGGACGUGAAUCACAAUCUGCGCCUGCGCCAUGGCGAAGGUCAAAAAGAUAUCGUUCUGAUUCCCCAGCCCAGCUCGCACCCAGACGAUCCCCUAAACUGGUCCUACAAGCGCAAAACUUUGAAUAGUUUCUGCCAAAUGGCCUGGUGUUUCUUUGCUGCAGCUCUGAUCAGUGGUCUCUCUCCAUCCUACCUCCUAAUCUCAGACGACACGGGAAUUUCUGUGGCUGACCUCAGCACUGGCAAUGGCAUCAUGUAUCUCUUCAUGGGCUGGGGCACAUUGCUCACCCAAAAUCUAGCACAGAACUGGGGUCGUCGUCCCGUGCUUGUCAUUGGCCUGUUGGGUGCCUCGUUGCUGACAAUCUGGUCGGCAUAUAUCCAGAGUGUUGGCGAAUGGUACGCCAACCGAGUCUUGAUAGGCAUCUUCAUUUCCCCACAGGAGGCUCUCAUUGAACUCUGUAUCUCAGAUGUUCAGUUCACUCACGAUCGUGGGUUCCAUAUGGGCAUAUAUAACUGGACUUUGUGGUGCGGUGCCUUCUUGGCUCCCAUUGCCGGUGGCUUCGUUGCCGAUAGCCUGGGUUGGAGAUGGAUCCAGUAUAUUCUGGCCAUCAUCUGUGCUUGCGUGUCAAUCUUUAUUUUCUUUGCAUUCGAGGAAACCAUGUUUUUUCGCAAGGCUAGCAUCAAUAGCCAGGAAACUAUCAUGACUGCAGAACCGUCCCUGUCUUCAUCUUCAUCCGUCGAUGCUGAAAAGGGAAUCAACAACCCCCAGGUCGACAUUUCCAGCACCACCACCACUCCCACCUCAUCCGAAUCGUCAUUAACCAAGAACUAUGCGCAGAAACUCAAGCUAUGGGGACUGCGCAGCCCCGAACAACCUUAUACAUUCUUACGCUCGAUAUACCUUUCGUUCCGCUUGCUUCUAUUUCCUACCCAUAUCUUCUCUGGUUUACUUGUCGGUUGCAUCCUGGCCUGGUAUAAUGUACUGGGUGGCUCCCUCGCCGAGGUCCUUGGUGGAGCACCUUACAACUUCACCACGGACCAGAUUGGUCUGACAUACUUUGCCAGCGUCAUCGGUGUCUCCGUUGGCUGUUACUUUAGUGGUUGGAUGAGCGACAUCCUCGCUAUCAGACUUGCUCGCCGACGCCAGGGAAUCAAGGAGCCCGAGGAUCGCCUGUGGAUGGCACUUAUUGCCGUUUUUGCCCACCCUUUGGGCUGUCUUUUGUACGGCGUCGGUGCAAGCCACCAUAUACACUGGAUUGGCGUCGUCAUUGGAGUGGCUUUCCUAUGUCUUACCCUGCCCAUGGGCUCCGGUUUGGCCAUCACGUACAUUAUUGACAGUCAGAAGGAGCUUGCUGGUGAAUCCAUCGUGACCGUCAUUUUGAUUCGUAACACUAUUGGCUUUGCAUUUGCCUACGCUGUGAAUCCAAUGAUAGACAAUAUGGGCCUGCAGAAUACUUUUAUCCUUAUUGCUGUGCUCGGUGUCUUCUUUUGGUGUGGUUGCUUCCUGUGGAUUUGCGUUGGAAAGUCGGCUCGUAGAUUCAUUGCAGAGCCCUACUGGGCAAUUGUCAGGAAGCAUGGCCUGACGGCUCAUUAA